AAACGCGCCUGCCAGCGCAGCGGCGCGAGCUUUUAAAAGUGCCGGAAGCAAGGGCAGCCGACUUCCGGCCGUUGGACAGAGCAUCAGGAAUGGCUACCAAGCGGCUGGCGCGGCAGCUUGGAUUAAUCAGGAGAAAAUCAGUUUCACCCGCAAGCGGGAAUCCAGGAGGAAGCCGACUCAAACAGCUGUAUGACUACUUAAUUGUCAUUGAUUUUGAGUCUACAUGCUGGAAAGAUGGAAAACACCACAAUAGCCCUGAAAUAAUUGAAUUUCCGGCAGUUUUGUUGAGUACAGCAACUGGAGAGAUUGAAUCUGAGUUCCAUGCUUAUGUUCAGCCUCAAGAACAUCCAGUUCUUUCUGAGUUUUGCACAGAACUGACAGGAAUAAAGCAGGUUCAAGUUGAUGAAGGAGUUCCUCUGAAGAUUUGCUUAUCUCAGUUCUGUAAAUGGAUUCAUAAGAUUCAGCAGCAGAAGAAAAUCAUUUUGGCUACUGGGGAUUCAGAGCCUUCUACUGAAGUAAAAUUGUGUGCUUUUCUUACUUGGUCAGACUGGGACUUGGGUGUUUGCUUAGAGUAUGAAUGUAGAAGAAAGCAGUUGCUAAAACCUGUGUUCCUAAAUUCUUGGAUUGAUCUCAGAGCAACUUAUAAGCUUUUUUAUAAGAGAAAACCCAAAGGACUAAGUGGCGCCUUGCAGGAAGUGGGAAUAGAAUUUUCAGGACGAGAACAUUCUGGCUUAGAUGAUUCUAGGAACACUGCUCUUCUUGCUUGGAAAAUGAUCAGGGAUGGUUGCCUAAUGAAAAUUACUAGGUCCUUGAACAAGGUUCUCACUAAGAAGAAUCCCAAGAUUUUGGUAAAAAAUUUGAGUACAGAUCAAGUUGAAGAAACAUCUACUUACAACAUUAGCAUCGAGGGUCCCAGCAUAUAUCAAAAGGAGUCUAAAAGUACAGUAAAUACCCAGGAAAAUGCUCAAAUGAAUUUAGCUUCUGUGAAUUCCUCUAUAAAGGACCAGUUACAACCAAAGACCAAUACUAAAGCGGAUCGUCACAACAUUAAACGAUGUUUUCCUCUUUUUACUACUAAGCCGUCAACCUCCAUGGAACAAUUAUGUUCUCCCACCUUGAAUCCACCUCUCUCUAUGCAGAAACAGAGAAAAAAUACACAGCUUGUAUUGAAUGACAAAUCAAAGUCCUCAGCACUUAACUCCAACUUGGUACUUGUAUCUACAACCAUUCCAUCUGUUAAUGUUGUUUCUGAUGGAGGAGUGGGUUGUACUUUUGACUGUUUGCCUAUGUUGGCUGAGUGGGAAGAUGUAGUUUUACUGCCAUCAUCUCAGGCUGAAAAAGAUAAAGAUUGUGUGCCUCCUAUUAGUGACACCAAUGUAGAUACUUCAUUCAAUUCUGGAGAGAGUGUGAUGGUUUUAAAAGAACCAGAAAUCCUUAGUUAUGAAAACUUUGAAGACCUCAAGGAAACUCCCCAAAACUUUGAGACAUCCAAGUCUAUUGUAUAUAAGAGUCCUCACAGUACAGUCUAUAAUGUAAAAGGAGCCAAACAUCCAGGCUCAGAUGCUUCUGCUUUUAAAUUACCUGAAUGCAAACCAUUUACUUCCAACAGUCUUAAUGCCAAUGCAUCCCAUCCUUCAGUUCUGAGGAAACAAUCUCUUCUUUUAGGUGGUACCAAAAGGUAUUCAUGUAGUCCCCCAGCUUUCCCACAAGCAAAAAAGCAGACCUUCACUGUUCAUGAGGAAAAAUCUACGGCAUCUACUUGUUCCCCAGGAACUUCUUCCCUGAAAGUUCUUCCCUCCAUUUUAACAUCCACAGUUAAUCUACAAGAGCCUUGGGAGAGAGGGAAAAUGACACCUCCUUUAUGCAAGUGUGGCAGAAGAUCUAAGCGGCUUAUUGUUUCUAAUAAUGGGCCAAACCAUGGGAAAGCCUUCUACUGUUGCCCUGUUGGGAAACACCAAGAUGACAGAAAAUGCUGUGGUUAUUUUAAAUGGGAACAAACACUUCAAAAGGAAAGAGCCAAUAGUAAAGCUCUAUCUCGUUCCUCAGAAGGACUCACUUUCAACUCUCCAGAAACAAGCCAUAUUUAUGAAAGAAAAUUAAGUUUUCCUAUUAAAAACUCUUUACAACUCAGGCCUUCAAUGAGAAAUUGAUACGUUGUCUUCUAAGUGAUCAUUUACUUCAAUGUAAGCUUUAUGUGACUUUCACACAGGAAAGAUGAAAUUACCAAGUUCAAGUUCUGAGGUGUCAGCAUACUUGGGACUACAGCUGCACUGGAGCAGUUCACGCAAACAAAAGGGAAAUAGAUUGCAUGACUUUCACUCUUGCCCAGUAGUUGUCUAUCAACUGUCCAUGGUCUGUUCCUUUAGGAAUCCUCAUUCCUUAAAUUCCCUAGCAUGCAUAUUUGGAUAAUGUCAUACAACUAUAUUUCAUAUAUUAACAUCUGCUGAAUUUAUCAAACUAUCAUGAACCACAAGGAAAAAAUACUUUUAUAAGCCAUAUUUAUUAGGUUAAAUUUACAAAGUAGCCAUAUCACAUGGCAGCUGUCUCUUAUAACUAGACCUUGAAGCAAAUUUCAAACUAUUUUUAAAUUACGUGAAUAAAAAUAUGACUAAUAAAACCUUCACUCAAUUUUUAGGUAAAUAUUCUAAGAAUUAGGACAAUUUUCUAAAAACAAGUUACUUAGGUUUUCAAAGCUUGAAGAUUUGUCUGAUUUGUAUACUAAUAUUAGAAUUAUUCAGUUAGGUUUUGAAAACCAGUGGGGCAGAUAUUUGGUUUAGAAACUGCUCCUCUAAACGUCUCAGCAAGCUGAUGACAUUCGUUUUAUGUUGCCAAAUUACACGAACAUUGGCAUAAAAGCAGAAUUCACUAUUUGACUUCAGAAUUCAGCCUCUGACGUCUUUACUACAAAAUACUGUAAAUCCAGCUGGGUGGUGGUGGCGCCCACCUUUAAUCCCAGCGCUUGGGAGGCAGAGGCAGGUGGAUCUUUGUUAUUUUGAGACCAGCCUGGUCUACAAAGUUACAUAGAGAAACCCUGUCUCGAAAAAACAAACAAAAUGCUUUAAAUCCAAUUCAGAAGCAAUCUGCCCAUAUAACCUGUGUUUCCUGCAGACUUAAACACUGCCUUGUUUAGAUAUUUGAGUGAUUAGUGGAUGAGUUAAGCAGUUUGCCAUUCUUUUUUUCUCAGUUCACUUCUUUUGACCUUUCCACUGACAGUCUUUGGCAACUCUUCGAUAAAUUCAACCUGUUGGCAUAAGGUGAGCAGGGAGUUAGUACAGCACUUCAAUUCAUGCCAAUUAUGUAAUAGCUCUUUUGACUUUUAGGUGAAAGGAUGGUUGAAGUUUUUCUUUACAUUUAAUAUGAGCUAAUUGACUUAUUUAUGUUAGGGGUUUCAGUUUAACCUCAAAUUUUGACCAUUAUCAUCAGUCUGUUUGCAACCUCUUGUGUAGCAUUUUUAAGGAGAAAGGUCAUUUAACAGGACAAAACAAAGAGCCAAAAAUUUUCCAAAGCACUAAACAAAUACCAUUGUAACAAGGAUGCCUACCUUUCUGGGAUAUUUGUAAGGUGCUGUAGUCUUUUUCACAUGCUCCUGAAUCUCCUUUUUCAGUUGUUCUUGAUCAUGUGACUUGUAAUCAGCAUUCAGAACAAUAAAAGCCUUUACUACCUAAAGUAAAUAUGUAAAACAUCA